GGUCAGCCUGCAGUUCCGUGUCCUUCCAUCAGGGGGCAGCACAACCACAACCCUCCGUCCGUCUGAGCCCGAAAGGAAGCAAAUCGAAACUCUUCAAUGAGUUCACCUUCAGAUAAAUAGUUUCUCUCCCCCUCCACCAUCUCAUCCUCCUUCUCCUUUUCCUUCUCCUGAACACUUAAUCGUCUUGACAUUAUAAAAUAAUCAUGAAUGGCUCUGUGCACUCCUCGCCCAACGUGGUGGACAUCAAGCUGAAGCGAGGACCAGCAGGCUUGGGCUUCAACAUAGUUGGUGGUGUGGACCAGCAGUACGUGGUGAACGACAGCGGCAUAUAUGUGUCCAAAAUAAAAGAAGAUGGAGCAGCGGGACUGGAUGGAAGACUUGAAGAGGGGGACAAGAUCCUGGAGAUCAACGGAGUGAAGCUGGAGAAUCAGACACAUCGAUCUGCAGUGGAGUUCUUCAGGACAGCGGGGGAAGACGUGCUGCUCCGUGUUCAGAAAAAGUCGCCUCAUCACAUGAACGGACCCACAGGCUCGCAGCCGGAGCACAAUUCUUCAGCGCCUGCUCUGGGAGUGCUGGCUAUGUUAGCGGGAGCUGCCGCCAUCCUCGGAUUCUUGUACAUGCGACACCACAGGAAGCCCUUUUAACCACGCCGACAUCGUCUGUAUAUUAUUUUUAAGAUCAAAAACUUUGCUUAAGGCCAAAGAAGUGAAGAGGGAACAAACUCUAAAACAGUAGAACCUUUAUUUUUGUUUUUGUUUUUUUUGAUUAGUAGGUGUCGGUGUCACUGAUAAGGUUCUCCAUGUUCAUGUGUAUUAUAUGAUUAAUGGUAGCUUCUUGACACCCCUUGCUAUGCAAACGGAUGCUCUCUUACCACAGAGAUUAGUUUUAAUAGAUAUUAUGUGAUGGUAAAGAGAAGGAGACGGAUGUACACUUGACAUUCCUGCUGCUGGGCUGACAUACAUACACACACACACACACACACACACACACACACACACACACACACACACAGACACAGACACACACACACACACACACACACAGACACACACACACACAUACAUACAUACAGAGGUUGUAUGCGAGGUCCAGUCAGACUGCUUCAGGGUCCACUUACAAACUGAAAGACAGUGUUGUGUUCAGUCCUUCGUAGGCCUCUCUGGACCCCCGUCACUGAAUGGGGUAUCUGUUUUAGGGGGGCGACGUGAGAGGAACCUACUGUAUUUUCAGUUUCUCGGUUUUCAAAACAUGUAUUUGACCAGAGGGGUUGAUUUUCAUUUUGUGAGUGUGAGACUGAGCCGUGGGUAAAAAAAUGACAUAUCGUAUCGUAAUGGACUUCUGAGUGCCUUUUGUAUCGACUGCAAGUGAUGCUGCUGUUUCGGUUCUCGUUGCUCCUUUGUCAUGAUCAAAAUGAGAAUCAACCCAUUAUGUCCAUUAAUAUGUUAAAUUAAAGGAGAAGGCUGACGUUGCUUGCUGUCAACAAAUCCAAUGAAAUAUUCAAUACUUUCUUACUUCCCGACUUAAGCCCGUUGAUUCUUACUAAAGAAGUAAAUCUUUAAAAGGGACAUAUGCACUUUUCCAGGCAUGUAUUUUUAAUCCAGGGGUCUACUGAAAUAUCUCUACAUGAUUUACAGUCCCAAGAUCUUCAUUAUUUAACUUAUACUGACCUUUUAUGCAGCCUUCUCUUUAUAAUUAACCCUUUCUGUUCUGAUUGGUUACACAAACAAGCUGUAGUGGGAAGAUUAUGUCAACUUCUCAAGCUGAAAUCUGAUCCACAGCUCAUGGGGGAAA